AUGGAACAGCAGGUAUCUCAAGGAACUGAACAUGCAACAAAAUGGAAUGAGUGUGUGUCUCCAGGAGCAUUUGCUAUAAUGCAUAAAUUUUUGUUUGAUGAGAGCACAAGAUUGAGAUUAGGAUUGCCCAGGACCAAUGAAUAUGGGAGACUUUUUUCUAAAAUAGCUGGGAUGGGAAAUUUUCUACAAAUUUGGAAGGAGAUACAACUAGGACAAGGAGUUCUCGUGUCAAACGAAAACGAAUAUUCCAGGAUCACUUGGGAAAAUAAGCAUCUUGAAAAGAUGAACGAGUUCACAAGAGAAUGGUAUUUGAAGGUGCGAGAUUAUAUAACAGAUAAUUGGAAAUUUCUGCGGUCUAGUCCAGGGAUGUUAAUAGGGAUGCUGAAUGCUGCUUCCACUACAUUAGGAAUGCUGCCAGCAAAUUAUAAGAUGGAUGAAAAUAUAAUGAGAGUUGUCUGUAUGAGGUCAUCUGACGACUCUAUGACUAAAUAUUUGUCAGUAGAUAGACAAUCAAACAGGGACUGUAUUGCUUUAAACAAACUAAAUUUGUCUCUCAUUGGUAUAAAUUUAAGCCCAGAAAAUUCUUUGCGAGAACCA